AUGGCUCAAACUAAUCAAGUAAACCUGGAUAUGGGUGAUGAGGAUGUUGAGGAGAAUCAGCCUCGAAUUAACCGAAUGGACUCCGUUUCUAGGCCUGUAGCACCAAACAGGAGUAAUGUUGGUCUAGGAGACAGACUGAAUAUUAUGUUCCGAGAAAUACGGCCGCUGGUAGAACAUGCGCGAAUGGGUAACAAUGCUAGACUAUCAUUACCAACCUGGUUACCUCGGAAUCCACCAAAUACACAUCAACUGGGUGAAGGUCCCCAAAGGCCCCAAAGCUCUAUAGCGCAUGUAAAUCUGGGACCUGCUGCUCAAGCAUACGUGGUUACUGACAGAGUAACACCACCUUCAAAUGCAAGGGCACAAACAAGUCAUGGGUUAAAUACAAGUGUCUCUAAUGAUUCCAACAUAUCUGAACAAGCAGAGGAUAUCAAUAUUUCAGUGAAUCCUGCCAAUAACAAUAAUAUAAAUGAUAAUGCUGACGAUAGUCAAAGUGAUGAUGGCACACAGCAGGUUGUGGAUGUACGUGGAACACUUAAUCUUUUAAUAAGAUAUGCUCCAUUUUACUUUAUUCUCUUCAUAAAGUAUUUAUAUGACAGUAGAGAAGCUAUUUUCACAUUUAUACUAUUAUUUUUCAUGUUCUGUCAUAGUGAUAGCCUUGUUAGAAGAGAACAUGGUAAACAAAUGAACCGCAGCUUCUUAGCUCUACUGAGUGAAUUACUUUUCUCAUCAAGCUGUAUAGUAAUAGUCCACUUUCUCUUUGGCCAUGGAAGACUCUUACCAAAUGUUAUUAUGUUCCCUGGAUACAUAAAACCAAUAGAUGUAUGGGAACUUAUGUGGUUGGUUGUACUCACCGACCUAAUUGUUAAGAUUAUAACUGUGAAUACAAAAAUUUUUGUAACAAUGAUGCCAUCGUUUAUAUUGCCUUAUCAGAAACGGGGUAAAGUAUACCUUUUCACUGAAGCAGUAUCUCAGUUAUACCGUGCCUUGAUUACUAUUCAGCCAUGGAUAUUCUUCUUAAUGCAGUCCUAUGAAGGCUCAGAGAAGAUGGUGGGAAUGUUUCUUACAUCUGCAUAUGUAUUUGCUAAAGUUGUGGAGAUAAUCGUCCGGUUAAGGCUGUUUAAGAAUGCCACAUGGACAUUGCUGCAAAGCGUGAACUUGGGUACGAAACCAACAGUGGAGCAGUUAAUAUCAGCAGGAGACUCAUGUCCGAUAUGUCACGAUGACUACACCACCCCUGUGCGAUUAGGUUGCAGUCACAUAUUCUGUGAGCUUUGUAUAGCUGCCUGGUUGGAUAGGGAACAUACUUGUCCACUCUGCAGGGCCAAGGUGGCCGAUGAACCUACUUGGAGAGAUGGCUCCACUACAUAUGAGCUUCAAUUGUAUUAG